AUGAACCAGCUUGCGAUUGCAGGAUACUCAUCAAUUGCAUUAGAUGUCUAUGGCAGUGGUCUUUCCGUCUUGUCAGAAGGGGUUGAAGAUCCUACAUUUGACACAAUCGCAAGUGAUGUCAAGGCUUUGCUGGAAGAAUUGAGCAUUCGACCCGAAAAUGCUGUCGCCGUUGGGCAUUCCAUGGGCGGUAUCAUUGUACCAAAGCUGGCACUGAAGUGCAACCUUCGCGGAUCAGUUCUCAUUGGUCCUGUGCUACCAAAGCCUGCAAUGGCCGAGAUCUUCAAUACUCGCAUAGAGACAGUCAAGAAAGAAGGAAUGGAGCCAAUGGCCAAGACUAUUCCCUUCGCUGCGACAGGUUCCAAGGCAACUUUGACACACAAAGCUUUCAUUCGAGCUCUGUUACUGUCGCAAAAGCCUGAGGGGUACAUUGCCUUGUGUCGCGCGAUUGCGCAAGCAGACUUGCCUGCCUACGCAAACAUCAAAAGCCCCGUGCUUGUUCUUUCAGGCGAAGAGGACAAAACAAGCCCGAUCCCGGAUGCGCAAAAGAUCCUGAGCGAGUAA